AUAGCUAGGGGUUAGGUGGCGGGAGGUGUCCCUUUCGCAGCGGUGCGCUUGGUGCUGCACCCGUCCCCGCGUCCUGCGUUGCUUCCUUUGUGUGAUUGACGGUACUUGCCUGGUCUCCCCUGCCGGUCUUUGCAGGUGACCGCGGCACCGGCGGCGCGUGGGGACUCGCGCCUGUUCUGCGGCGCGGGGCGGCUUCCAGCGGGAGAGGCGACGGGGUGGGAGGGUGAGGGGAGCUUUUUUCUGUACCGGGCUGCACACUGGUCCGCACGGCCCCAGGCAGCGUUUCCGUGGGAGUCUGUGGACAGGGUCGGCAGGAAAGCGAGGCAGAGUCCAUUCCACUCGGCGUCAGAGUGAAGGGAAAUGUCUCUGUUUAAAGCCCGUGACUGGUGGUCCACUCUGCUGGGAGAAAAAGAAGAAUUUGAUCAGGGCUGUCUGUGUUUGGCCGAUGUUGACAAUAGUAGGAGUGGGCAAGACAAAAUAAUUGUGGGCAGCUUUAUGGGAUACCUUAGAAUCUUCAACCCCCGUCCUGUAAAAACGGGUGAUGGAGCUCAGGCGGAAGAUCUGCUUCUAGAAGUGCAUCUACGAGACCCAAUUCUUCAAGUGGAAGUAGGAAAGUUUGUUUCAGGUACUGAAAUGCUUCAUUUGGCUGUGUUGCAUUCAAGACAACUUUGUGUCUACUUUGUCUCAGGAACUUUGGGUAACGUAGAACAUGGGAACCAGUACCAGAUGAAAUUGAUGUACAAGCAUCAUCUUCAGAGAACAGCCUGCAAUAUGACCUACGGGCCAUUUGGUGGUGUAAAAGGUCGAGAUUUGAUUUGUAUCCAGUCUAUGGAUGGGAUGCUGAUGGUGUUUGAGCAGGAAAGCUAUGCUUUUGGACGAUUUCUCCCUGGUUCUCUUCUACCUGGCCCUCUUGCUUACAGUGCCCGUACAGAUUCCUUUAUUACUGUCUCUUCCUGCCGCCAAGUGGAAAGUUACAAGUACCAAGUACUUGCUUUUGCAACAGAUGCAGAUAAAAGGGAGGAGACUGAGCAGCAGAAACUUGGUUCUGGAAAAAGACUAGUUGUAGAUUGGACUCUAAAUAUUGGAGAACAGGCCCUUGAUAUAUGUAUUGUGUCUUUUAAUCAGUCAACAUCUUCUGUUUUUGUUCUUGGUGAGAGAAACUUUUUUUGCCUGAAGGAUAAUGGGCAAAUUCGAUUUAUGAAGAAGCUUGAUUAUAACCCAAGUUGUUUUCUUCCAUAUUGCUCAGUUUCUGAGGGAACAAUAAAUACUUUGAUUGGAAACCAUAACAAUAUGUUACACAUUUAUCAGGAUGUGACACUGAAGUGGGCCACUCAGCUCCCCCACAUUCCUGUGGCAGUGAAAGUGGGGUCUUUGCAUGACUUAAAGGGAGUCAUAGUGACUCUCAGUGAUGAUGGCCACUUGCAGUGCUCCUACCUGGGGACAGACCCUUCCCUGUUCCAGGCUCCGAAAAUCGAAUCUAGAGAACUAAACUAUGAAGAACUUGAUGCAGAGCUAAAAGAGCUUCAGAAAAUCAUCAAAGAUGUUAAAUCACAAGGUGUUUGGCCAAUGACUGAGAGAGAAGAUGACUUAAAAGUUUCUGCUGCGGUUUCUCCAAGCUUGGAUUCAGUGUCUCAAGCCACUGAUGCUGAUGUCGGAACUGACCUUGUCCCUUCCAUCACAGUGAAGGUUACACUGCAGAGCCGAGUGACUCUGCAGAAAGCCAAAUUGUCAGUCUAUGUGCAGCCACCACUAGCAUUGACUUGCGAUCACUUCAGCUUUGACUUCCUGGCACCGGAGGUGACUAGCACAGUGGCCUUUUCAGUUUAUCUGAAGAGAGGUUAUACCCCAUCCGAAUUGGAAGGCAAUGCUGUUGUUUCUUAUGCCAAACCCACAGAUCGAAAUCCUGAUGGCAUUCCUCGAGUUAUCCAAUGUAAAUUUAGACUCCCCCUGAAGUUAAUCUGCCUCCCUGGUCAGCCUUCAAAAACUGCAAGCCACAAAUUAACCAUUGAUACCAACAAAUCUCCAGUCAGCCUUUUCAAUCUUUUCCCAGGCUUUUCCAGCCAGCCAGAUGAUGAUCAGGUGAACGUGAUGGGUUUCUGCUUCUUGGGAGGCUCCCGAGUUACUCUUCUGGCUUCCAAAACCUCUCAGCGAUAUCGCAUCCAGAGUGAACAGUUUGAAGAUCUUUGGCUCAUAACAAAUGAGCUUAUUCUCCGCCUUCAGGAGUAUUUUGAGAAACAGGGAAUCAAAGAUUUUGCCUGUUCUUUUUCUGGAUUCAUACCCCUUCAGGAAUAUUUUGAGUUGAUUGAUCAUCAUUUUGAGCUGCGGCUAAAUGGUCAAAAACUAGAAGAACUGUUGUCUCAAAGAGCUGUACAGUUCCGAGCCAUCGAACGCCGGCUAUUAACAAGGUUCAAAGAUAAAACACCUGCCCCCCUCCAGCAUCUGGACACCUUGCUGGAUGGCACUUACAAGCAGGGCUGGGAAGAGACCGUGGAUGCUGCCGUGUCCCACCUAUUGAAGACCUGCCUGUCAAAGAGUUCCAAGGAGCAGGCUUUGAACCUCAGCAGCCACCUGAAUAUGCCCAAAGACACAAGCCGGCUGAAGAAACACAUCACCCUGCUGUGUGACAGACUGGCCAAAGGUGGCCGUCUCUGCCUUAGUGCUGACGCAGCCACUCCACAGACCAUUGUCAUGCCAGGUGGCUGUACUCCAAUCCCAGAGUCAGACCUGGAGGAGAGAUCAGCAGAACAAGACUCCACAGAGCCAUUUACCAGCCACAGACUCCUCAUCGCAGAGCCCUCUGCACCUGAAGGUUCCAUCCACCAAGGGCUUUCUGAAUAGUCGGUAGAGCCACCUGGUUGAGGGGAAGCUGCCUUCCCCAAGCUGAGCCUCACGGACCCCGUGCCCCAGGCGUGGGUUGGCCAUGCUGCACAGGGUUCACCCUGGAAACAACACUCUGGGGAGAUGGAGACCCGGCUCUGUGCUCUGCUGAGAACCUGGAGCACCAGUGCAGGCAGGUCAGCUGAGAGCCCAGAGUUGUCUGUGCUUGCUGCAAAGCGUGUUACUGCUUUUGGCCAUCUGUGAGCCCAGAGUCAUAGGACUUAAUGAGAUGACACAGUUUGGGGACAGACUGUAAUGCCAACAUCUUAAUCCAAAAUAAUUUGACAUCCUAUUUUUUCACAGGAUUCUUACACAAUUUUAAUAAAGCAUCUCACUGUCAAUCUUACAGGUGACCUAUAA